CCAGGGUUGUUGCCACGUCAGUCUCAUGCUGGAAAACAUUACAGCCUUUCAUUCUGCGGAGGAAAUGUAUUCAUUCUAUCCUUGUUGAUUACUUAAAUUACUUUAUGAGAGUGUGUGUGUGUGUGUUUGCUGGACUAAAAUAUCUUCUCUACAUUUCAUUCCAGAGAGACUCGGCACAGAAAAGUAGUACAGGUACUGUCACUCAAGACUUAGUUUCAUAGCCUGCUCUUAUAAAAACUUAGGUGCGCACCGAAGAAAGCAGCAAGAUUAAAGUCAUUACGUUGGUUUUGAAAUCCCCCUGAUAUGUAGGAGGUGGCCGUUUUUCCAUUUUUAAGAGAGAAAAAAAGUUUUGGCUUUUAUGAAGAACGUUGUAUUCCUGGAGCCGGCGCGUUUGGUCGCUAAUACUGAACAGCAACGUCGUCAUUGGUACAAAAAAUUACCGGUAUGUUAUUUUCUUAUGAUGAAACUAUUAUGCUCGCAGGUAUAUCUGGCUGCUUUCGCCUGCAUGCUGCUUACCGUGUACUUGUGCUUCCAAAAACUACCACAGGCGUCUUCCAAUGUUCCUUUCGUGACUGAUCAUAUUGUGAUGGACCCCAUCAUUGUUCUAUUAUGGUUGCAACCGUUUGGGAAAAAACAGCCGAUUCCAGACUGUCAGACACUAUACAAUAUCCGAGCAUGUACGCUCACGACAGACAGGGAUCAGUACCUGCGCUCUCAAGCAGUUAUCAUUCACCACAGGGAUAUUAGGGGCAAUCUUAGUACACUGCCACAGGGACAUCGCCCAGUCUCACAAAGGUGGAUCUGGAUGAAUUUCGAGUCGCCAUCUCACACUUCAGGUCUGAAGAAACUGGGGGGCGUUUUUAACUGGACCAUGUCCUAUAGGUUAGAUUCAGACGUCUUUGUUCCAUAUGGUUAUCUGUAUCCUAAGAAAGGCUAUGGGUCUAAGAAGGUCAGUCUGCCCCACAAGAAGAAACUGGUGGCCUGGGUCAUCAGUAACUGGAAUGAGGAGCACACCAGAGUGAAAUAUUACGUCAGACUAAGGAGACACAUUCCUAUUGAUGUGUACGGUGGACAGGGCAUGGAGCUGUCCAACAACAGUAUUGUCCAGACUGUUUCACAGUACAAGUUCUACCUUGCCUUCGAAAAUUCCCAGCAUCCGGAUUAUAUUACUGAAAAGCUAUGGAGGAACGCUUUCAUGUCAAGUGCAGUUCCAGUGGUUUUGGGACCGGGAAGAGCUAACUAUGAGCUGUUCUUACCUCCAGACUCCUUUAUUCAUAUUGAUGACUUUCGCAGCCCCAAAGUGCUGGCUGACUAUCUGAAUUUUUUGGAUAAAAACCCCAAACUGUACAAAAAGUAUUUCAUGUGGAAAAAGCAUUACAAUGUCCAUGUUACCUCCUUCUGGAGCGAACCCUAUUGUUCGGUAUGCAAAGCCAUUAGGGCAGCAGGGUCUCAGACAAAAACGAUGUCAGAUCUGGCCCUGUGGUUUGAAGCUUAAAGGUGCAGUGUUAACUUAUUGUAUAGGUGGAUAUUGCCAUGUGUGUCACUAUAAUGACGAUAUAUCACAUCUACAGGUAUAGUAGGCUAAUAUAAAGUGGAGUACGGAUCACAAUCUGUACCACACUAAACAUGCCUUGUUACUCCUUGCCUGAUGUUUGUGAUACUUAUAAACUAUUUAAUAAAACAUCCAAAGAAAGCUGUAAAUGUUUUGCACACUCACCACAGCAUUAUGAUAUUGACGUUUGGUUUCUACAGCUGCUAUCAGCACGCAUGCCAUUAUGAUAGCAUGGUUCACAUUAUAGGGCAGUUUGGACUAAAGCUGUGGGAGAAAAACGACCCCUAUUUAAAGUUUACUCUGGCUUUUCUGAUUAAAAAAAAAGUCUAGAUUAUACU